AUGUCAAAAAUUCGGCUUUCAUUUAUUUAUUUUAUUCAAUAUCCAAUCGUAUUAAAACUAACACUUGUUGCCUUUAUAUUUAUUAUUAAUUUAUCAAGAUUACGUUAUAAUCAAUUAUCAUUUCAACUUAUUAAUAGAAAUUUAAUAAUUCAACAUCAAAAUUUCUAUACAACAUUAUUAUGGAAAUAUUUAAAUGUUAUUUAUAAUAAAAAAUAUGCAAUAGGAGAAAUGAAAAAAUUUAUUAUUUUUCAAUUUCUUUCUUAUCAAUUAUUAAUGUAUGAAAUAGAAAAUAUUAUUUUAAAUCAAAUCAGUUCAGAUCAGUUUCAUCUAUUAAUGAAAUCUGUUGUUUGUCUAAGUUAA